CCAUAUCAUCCGGCCCAUUUGAAUCGUCGUAACAUAUCUACCGGGAUUCGGUGGAAUAGAUGGAAGAUGGUCUGCUGAGCGUCCUUUAAUCGUCAUACUGCCGGUGCAAGCAAUGCAAGGAGGAUCAUCGGGCGUUGGUUAUGGCCUAAAGUAUCAGGCUAGGUGUUUAUCAGAUGUCAAAGCGGACACAGAUCACACCAGCUUCAUCGCUGGAACUCUCAGUCUAAGAGAAGAAAAUGAGGUGCAUUUGAUUCGGCUUUCUUCAGGUGGAACCGAACUCAUAUGCGAGGGUUUGUUCUCGCAUCCGAAUGAGAUUUGGGAUCUCGCUUCGUGUCCCUUCGAUCAACGAAUUUUCUCUACAGUUUUCUCCACUGGUGAGUCAUAUGGAGCGGCAAUAUGGCAAAUUCCUGAGUUGUAUGGUCAGCUAAACUCCCCUCAGUUGGAAAGAAUUGCUUCCCUUGAUGAACAUGUUGGUAAGAUUAAUUGCAUUCUUUGGUGGCCUUCUGGAAGACAUGAUAAGUUGAUCAGCAUUGAUGAGGAAAAUAUUGUCGUUUGGGGCUUGGAUUGUUCAAAGAGGUCAGCUCAGGUACAAUCGAAGGAAUCGGCUGGUUUGCUGCACUCCUUAUCUGGUGGGGCAUGGGAUCCACAUGAUGUUAACGCGGUUGCUACAACUUGUGAAUCCAUGAUCCAGUUUUGGGAUCUUCGGACAAUGAAUAAGACAAAUUCAAUUGAGCGUGGCCAUGUCCGAAAUAUUGACUACAAUGCAAAGAAGGAGCAUAUACUUGUUACUGCAGAGGAUGAAUCUGGGAUACACAUCUGGGAUCUUAGGACGCUAAAGGCUCCCGUCCAAGAACUCCCUGGACAUACACACUGGACGUGGGCUGUCAGCUGUAAUCCUGAGUAUGAUGGGAUGAUUUUGAGUGCUGGUACAGACUCGACUGUCAAUCUAUGGCUAGCUUCUUCAUUUAGUAGCAGCAAUGAGCUGACAUCUGAAAGCCCAGCUGAGUCAACUAUGCAGAAAAUGGAUCCGUUACUUAAUUCAUAUAGUGACUAUGAAGACAGUGUUUAUGGCCUUGCUUGGAGUUCACGGGAGCCUUGGAUUUUUGCAUCAUUAUCGUAUGAUGGGAGGGUAGUUGUGGAGUCUGUAAAGCCCUUCCUCUCCAAAAAAUAGACUAAAACGUGGCUCUACAUGUUUGUUUUGGUGGGUUUCCACUAAUUAGACAAUGCCUGGGAGGAGACCUUUGAGACACCAGAUCUUAUCCCUGGGAGCACCAGAUCUUAUCAUGUUCAACAAUGUUAUUGCUAAUUGGUUGAUACGGUUAACGACAUAGUAAGUCAAAAUGUAUGUCCUUGUAAGAAACAUGGUGCUGCCGAGACAGUUAACAUUGGUGUUUUUUUCAGUCUCUAUUCUGAGAGUUCAGAUUGCUACCUAUCAUUUAAUACUUGUGAGGUUGUUUACGGGUAAAUCAUGUCAUUUACCCCCUGGCACUCUUGUUUUCAUGUUGAGUAAGGUCAAAAUGUGUUCCCUAACAACUGCCAAAACAUGUAUGUCUGUGUAAACUAAUCUUGUAUUUUUCUUCCUCUAUGUGCUUCCCUUGAUUGACGUUGGUGAAUUGAGUAAAUAAAGAGGAUACUGAGCUGCUAUAUUGUGCGGCGUAA